AUGGGCGAUGUUGAAGGCAGAUAUACUUACAAGCAACUCAAAGAAAUAGCAGAUUUUCUGAAAGAAACAUCUAAAAUGGAACCGAAAGUCGGUAUAAUUUGCGGUUCCGGACUGGGUACCAUAGCAGAUGCCUUAGUCGACCCUCUAGUAAUCAACUACAGCCAAAUCCCGAAUUUCCCGAGGAGCACGGUAAAAGGCCACUCUGGCUCGUUGGUGUUCGGCUGUCUAUCCUGCGUGCCAGUCGUGGUGAUGAAGGGCCGUUUCCACUUCUACGAAGGCUACCCCAUGUGGAAGGUGACCAUGCCCUGCAGGAUCUUCAAGCUCCUCGGCUGCUCGUACCUGUUCGUCAGCAACGCCGCCGGCAGCAUCAACCCCAAAUACAAAGUCGGCGACAUCAUCGUGCUGCGCGACCACAUCUACUACGUCGGCCUCUCCGGCUACAAUCCGCUGCGCGGCCCCAACGAGUGGGAAUUCGGGCCGCGCUUCCCGCCCACGUCGAAUUGCUACGACGUGGACCUGCGCAAGGCCGGCAUGCGAAUUGCCAAGGAGCUCGGCUACGAGGACCGGUUCUACGAAGGCGUCUACGCCGCUCUCGCCGGUCCUUCCUACGAAUCUGUGGCCGAGGCGCGAAUGUUGUUGAAAUGCGGCGUGGACUCCGUGGGAAUGUCGACGAUACCCGAGGUUUUGGUGGCUGUACAUUGUGGUUUGACGGUGUUCGGUAUCAGUAUAGUUACCGAAGAGGGUAACCUGGAGUGGGCGGUGACGAAGGUACCGAACCAUUUGGAAGUUUUGGCGGCGGCCCAGGCCAUGGAGAAGCCCUUGAGGGAGUUCGUGACGGCGAUGGUGAAGUUUAUGGGUAAUAAGAAACCGUGCCGUUGUGGGUGCUGCUAG